GUCAUCACUCAAACCGUCGGGACCACCUGGAUUGUACACCUGUAUCAAAACUGUACAUUAUUUUGAAGCGUUUGUGAUGAAGCGGAUAGUAAUGGACAUUUCUAACUUGUCUCAAUGACUGCAGAGCAACAGGCAACUUGGCUGCAAACUCGCUGACUGACUCAUCGGCUUUGUAGGAACUGUUGCACAGAAUCCCGUCGCGAUGUCCCUGCUGUGUGUCAGAGUGAAGAAAGCCAAACUACAUGGGCCUCCAGACAAGUUCAACGCAUAUGUGACUCUAAAGGUGCAAAAUGUGAAGAGCACCACCAUCACAGUCCGAGGGGACCAGCCAUGCUGGGAACAAGACUUCAUGUUCGAGAUCAGUCAUCUGGAGUCUGGUCUGGUGGUGGAGCUGUGGAAUAAAGGUUUGAUCUGGGACACUAUGAUCGGCACAGCGCUGAUACCUCUAGACACAAUUCAACAAUCUGACCAGGAGGGUCCAGGACAGUGGACGUCAUUGGACUCAGAGGUGUUAAUGAGGGAGGAUGAGAUUUGUGGAACGACCAACCCAACACAACACCAAGUGCUGCUGGACACCCGCUUCGAGUUGCCCUUUGAUAUCCCAGACGACGAGGCUCAGUACUGGACCAGUAAACUGGAGCGGAUCAACACCAUGCGGAUACAUGACGAGUAUCCACUGCAGGACGAGGUUCAGAGAAGACGAAUGGCUUCAGUUCCCUCUCAGUGCUCUUAUGAUGACCAUGAUAGUGCAGUGGAUGACCGCGACAGUGACUACCGCAGUGAAACUGGCAACAGACCUCCACGCUUCCACAACACCUCUCAGACAAAUUCAUCAGUGCACCAGUAUCCUAUAGGACGCAGGGUCGAACAUCAAACCCUGUCCAGAGAGUCUGACUCUAUACAAAGCUAUGAGCUAGACUAUAGAGAAAUGAGGGGACCAAGUCCACCAGACAGCAGUCACUUUGAUUCAUCAGGCAACCUCAGCCCGGUCAGUUCUCAGCUCAGCUCUGAGCUUGAGGAGCGCCGAGAUCCACAGACCUGCCCAGCUGGCGACCCUCGUCCCCCUCUUGGCAGCCAGCCGUCAACCUGGGACGAGGAAGAAGAGGAUGAGGAAGAGGUUGAGAAAGAACUGCAUCCAUUACCAGAACCUGGUUCCAACAAGGAUUUGAAGGACACUUCAGUCGUCUUACCAAAACCAGUCUUGGAAAACUGUGAUAACAAAACUCAGACUAAAAUCUGUUUCUUUGAAGACGGCCCUCCACCCUGCUCUCCAUCCAAAGUUCGUUGGCUAAAGGCAUACAACAAAGUGAGAGUAAAACUCCAUGAGGGCCGAGAUCACGAUGGUGACCCAGCCAAGCACCCUUGGGCCAAGCCAGGAGGAAAUGCACCGUUUGGCAUUGACAGCAUGCCAGAUCUCCGCAAGAGGAGGCCCAUUCCUCUUGUUAGUGAACUGACCCGACUUGCAGGAUUCAAGGCUAUGUCUAUGAUACAGUCAAGAAAAGCUGGACUCGCCCACACACUGGCCACCAGGACCUCCCUGAAAGACGAGGAGCUUAAAACCCAUGUCUACAAGAAGACCCUACAGGCCCUGGUCUACCCCAUCUCCUGCACCACACCGCACAAUUUUGAGGUGUGGACAGCCACCACGCCCACCUACUGCUACGAGUGUGAGGGUCUGCUGUGGGGCAUCGCUCGGCAGGGUAUGAGAUGUGCAGAGUGUGGGGUCAAAGUGCAUGAGAAAUGCCAAGAGCUGCUGAACGCUGACUGCCUGCAGAGAGCAGCAGAGAAGAGUUCCAAGACCGGGGCGGAGGACCGCACACAGCACAUCAUCACAGCGAUGAAGGACAGGAUGAAGAUCCGCGAGAGGAACAAGCCAGAGAUCUUUGAGGAGAUCCGGAAGCUGUUCAACAUCACCAAGAUGAUCCACAUCCAGUACAUGAAGGGCAUCAAGCAGAGUGUCCUGGAUGGCACCUCCAAAUGGUCUGCCAAGAUCACCAUCAACAUCGUCAGUGCACAGGGUCUCCAGGCCAAGGACAGGACAGGAUCCAGUGACCCAUAUGUCACUAUCCAAGUAGGGAAAACCAAGAAGAGGACAAAGACCAUCUACGGCAACCUGAACCCUGUCUGGGAGGAAAAGUUCAGCUUCGAGUGCCACAACUCGUCUGAUCGUGUAAAGUUGCGUGUUUGGGACGAAGACGACGACAUCAAGUCUCGAGUGAAGCAAAGACUGAAGAGAGAAUCUGACGACUUCCUGGGUCAGAGCAUUAUCGAGGUCCGAACUCUGAGUGGAGAGAUGGAUGUCUGGUACAACCUGGAAAAGAGAACAGACAAGUCGGCUGUGUCUGGUGCGAUUCGUCUUCAGAUCAGCGUGGAGAUCGAGGGAGAGGAGAAAGUGGCACCCUACCAUGUACAGUACACAUGCCUUCAUGAGAACAUGUUCCACUACUCGACGGAUGUGGAGGGCGGCGGCGUGGUGAAAAUCCCAGUAGCUCAGGGAGACGAUGCCUGGAAGGUUUAUUUUGACGAGGUGCAGCAGGAUAUCGUGGAUGAGUUUGCCAUGCGCUACGGCAUCGAAUCCAUAUACCAGGCCAUGACACAUUUCUCCUGCCUGUCCUCUAAGUACAUGCUGUCAGGGGUGCCUGCAGUGAUGAGCACCCUGCUGGCCAACAUCAAUGCCUUCUACGCCCACCCCACCGCCUCCACCAACGUGUCUGCACCGGCCAGAUUUGCAGCCUCCAACUUCGGGAGAGAUCGUUUCGUAAAGCUUCUGGAUCAGCUGCACAACUCUCUCCGUAUUGACCUCUCCAUGUACAGAAACAACUUCCCAGCCAGCAGCAAGCCUCGCCUCAGUGACCUCAAGUCAACUGUGGAUCUUCUCACCAGCAUCACCUUCUUCAGGAUGAAGGUCCUGGAGUUGCAGAGUCCUCCCCGGGCCGCCAAUGUGGUGCGAGACUGUGUUAAGGCCUGUCUGAACUCCACCUACGAGUACAUCUUCAACAACUGUCUGGAGCUCUUCAACCGUCAAUUCCAACCCGUUGUCCCACCCCCUGAGCCAGAGAAGAAGAAAAAGAAGAAGAAGAAGAAAGAAAAAGAAGGAGAGGAGAGGGAAGAGGGUGAAGGAGAAGAUGUAGAGGAUGAGGAGGAGGAAGAGGAAGAAGAAGAUGAAGAAGAAGAAGAAGGGGAGAAGAAAGAAGAGAGUCAGCCAGAGGAGCAGGGACCGAGCAUCCAGAAUCUGGACUUCUGGCCUAAACUCAUCACACUCAUUGUGUCCAUCAUUGAGGAGGACAAGAACUCAUACACACCCAUCAUCAAUCAGUUUCCUCAGGAGCUCAAUGUGGGAAAAGUCAGUGCGGAGGUCAUGUGGUUGCUGUUCGCUCAGGACAUGAAAUACGCACUGGAGGUUUUGCAUAAAAUUGAUCACUACCGCUACAACAACGCUCCCACCACAUUUCGAAUCCGCAAAGUUGAUUUCCAUGCUGAGCAUGAGAAACACAGACUGUGUAAGACUGCUGACUACAUGAACCUGCACUUCAAAGUCAAGUGGCUUUACAACGAGUAUGUGAAGGACCUGCCCGCCUUCAUAGACACUGUGCCUGAGUACCCUGCCUGGUUCCUUCAGUUCGUGCUGGCCUGGUUGGCUGAGAAUGAGGAGGUGUCGAUGGAGUUCAUGCACGGAGCACUGGAGAGAGACAAGAGAGAAGGGUUCCAGCAGACGUCUGAGCACGCUCUGUUCUCCAGCUCGGUGGUCGACAUCUUCACUCAGCUCAACCAGAGCUUUGAGAUCAUCAAGAAGCUGGACUGUCCAGACCCCGCUGUGGUGGCUCAUUAUAAUCGACGGUUUGCCAAGACGAUCACCAAAGUGCUGCUGCAGUACUGUGCCCUGCUGGCCAAGAGCUUCCCCUCCUACUGCGAGAAGGAGAAGAUACCCUGUGUGCUGAUGAACAACAUCCAGCAGAUGAGGGUCCUGUUGGAGAAGAUGUUUGAGUCGAUGGGAGCAAAAAUGCUCACUAUUGAGGAGGAGAUGAUGGAGAACGAGGAGGAACCUGAGGAGUGUGAUGAGGAGGCGAUGAGUAAAAAUGGAGAGGAAGAUGACAUGUCCGUCUGCUCAGACUCAGAAGGAUCUGAGGUUGACAACAAAGAGAAGGAGAAUAAGGAUGAGUCCUCAGACUAUGAUGACAGUGAUCACGAGCGGGAGAAGCUUGAUAAGGAAAAGUCACAGUCCAAGAUGGAGAAGGCUGAGAAGAAAGAUAAAGAGAAGCAGGAGGACACUAAGAGCAAACAGUCCAAGGAGGAAGUUAACAAGACUGAAGCCACAGCUGCCACAAAGAAGCUGGACACAGAGGCAGCUGACAUCCUCAACGACCUGCAGGUGAAGCUCAACACUGUCCUGGACAACUUCAGUGCCAUAUUUGCAAAGAGCUUCCAGACUCGUAUCACCGGCUGCAUGCGUCAGAUGGCUGAGAUCCUCUACCAGAUCAAAGGACCCCCCAACCACAACACAGCAGAGGCAGACGCUGACAACAUGCUGAGGCCCCUCAUGGAGUUUCUGGACGGGAACCUCAGUAUCUUUGCUGACAUCUGUGAGAAGUCAGUGCUGAAGAGGAUCCUGAAGGAUCUGUGGAAGACCGUCCUGAGCAGCUUGGAGAAGACCAUCGUCCUGCCUCAGAGCAACGACAGCCUGGGAGCCCAACUCCUCACAGCAGCUAAAGGACUUUCUAGUUUAAAGGGAGGAAGUGAAGCCAAAACGUUGACGCCCAAACAGUGUAUCAUCAUCGAUGCAGGGCUGGAGACCAUCAAGCAAUACUUUCAUGCAGGAGGAAACGGGCUGAAGAAAGCGUUUGUGGAGAAAAGUCCUGAACUAGCUUCACUGCGAUAUGCACUCUCUCUCUACUCUCAGAGCACUGAUGCUCUGAUCAAGACCUUUGUCACCACACAGCACUCACAAGUGCACGACGGGAUGGGCAUAAGAAUUACCGGCAACGAGAAGAUUCGACCUGACAGAGGCUCGGGGAUCGAGAAGCCCAUAGGAGAGGCUAUUCUACAGAUCGACAUGCUGCUCGGUAAAGAACGCAAAGUCACUGUCAGAGUGAUCGCUGUGAACGACAUGAAGUGGCAGACAUCCGGCAUGUUCCGGCCGUUCGUCGAGGUCUCCAUGGUCGGCCCCUUCCUGGCUGACAAGAAGAGAAAGUUCACCACAAAAUCCAAGAACAACAGCUGGACGGCAAAGUUCAAUGAGGCUUUCCAGUUUGUCCUGGGUAAAGAGUCUCCAGACUGCUACGAACUCCAGGUGACCGUGAAGGAUUACUGUUUUGGCCGGGCGGACCGGGUGGUGGGCAUGGCGGUGAUUCAGCUGCGUGACGUGGCAGACAGAAAGAGCUGCGUGUGCUGGUGUCCAAUCGGGCCACGCAUUCAGACGGAUGAGACAGGCCUGACAGUGAUGCGCAUCCUGUCCCAAAGACCCGCUGACGAGGUGGCCAAGGAGUUUUUCAAGCUGAAAUCUGAAACCCGUCCUGUAGAGGAGGGCAGAUGAGUCGAGACACUGACGUCAGAUCAGAGACUGUUUGAAAUAUGGAAAUCAAAACUGACAUGGAUCAUGGUCAGAGUUUGGAAUGAGAGCUACAAGUUUCUCACUUCUUUGUCUGUUGUUUAUGAGCGCUGUCAUCUCUAUCCUCAGUAAACACAGAUCAUUAAAGCUUCUGACUGAUAAGUUUAAACAUGAAGGACAUCCAAGCAACAAGUUACAGCUUGGUUAGAAAUAUAUUAAAAGGAUAAAACACUGAAAAAGAAAACAUCUACCCAUGAAAAUAACUAAUAUCAUAACUAUCAAUGACAAUUGGGUAGUAAUCACAGAUUCGUGUGGUUAAAAAUGGUUAGUCCAGAUCUUAUAUCUACAUAUCCUGACUGAUUAUUUAGCAAAUUAAAAUUACGACACUAGUUGUCUGCCAGGGCAACCGAAUGCCACAACGUUUUAACAAAUUGACUUUAUUGAUUGGAUUUUGUGUGUCAGCUGAAGAGAGACAGGAAAUUCAAACCCACUGCCGCUGCAACGAGGAUACCCUCUGUACAUGGGGCACAGGACAUGACCACUAGGAACCCUGUUCUUAUCACUGUUAUCUUGACUACCCAACAUUGUCUCCCAAAAAAAGGCAUAGGAUAUCACAUAAGGCCAUUACAAUACCAAGCUCUAUACUAAGUAUGAGUCCAAAUCUUUGUGAAAAAUGCAAAGACAGAAUAAGUAGAAUUUGUCAGCAGCGGUUUAUAAACAGUUCGUUCAAAGUUGGCCCCUCCUCCUUGGUUUAACGGAUGAGUCUUGUUUUCGUACCCUGUAGGCUACACUGUAUUAUUGGCCCCAGGCUUCACUCAACCUGCAAAAAGGUUAACACCAAGAAACUCUCUCAUCACAGCCAAACACAAAGAUACACGCUGAAAGCAGGGUCUUUGUUGUUUCUUUCUUUGCGAAUGAAAUUCUUCUUAUUCUGCCUUAAAGCAAGACACCAAAGGAGGCUGCUAAAAUAGAGUAGUCCUAUCCAACAAUUGUUCCCCAUCAUGAACAUGUAAAAAAACACAACUAGUUUUUAAUUUUAAGGGAUCAAUGGUAGCUCUGUUUUGUAUAGCCUACAUAUUUUAGAAGGAGAGUAGACAUGAUCCCAAAAUGAAAGUAGGCUACACCACUAUGAAGAGUUUAUAAAAGUGCCACCUUUCUGGAGUUGUCACAUGCUAACACUAUAGCAUAUUGUUAUGUGUUGAAUCAAGAAGAAGUGUGUCAAAAUGUGUGAGGCUCUUUUCUACUAAACUGCUGGUGAUAGUUUUCUAAACUGAAUGUAUAAGACUUGAAAAAAAGAGAAAAGAUAUGACACAAAUUGCAUCGCCUUAAAAAGAGGGGCUAGCUAAAGGAGCUGGCAAACGAAGCUAGCUAACAGUACUCAAUACUUAAUAAAUGAAUGGUUCUUUUAUCUAAAACACUAACUUGUACACCAAAAAGGCAUUGAUUUAUUUUUCCAAAAGCAAAGAACUAUAGUUGUGAUAGUUAAAAAAAAUAUAUGUUACUGAACUCUGGACUGUAGCCUGUUGAAAAAAGUUCAGAUGCAGGUUUUGAAUUUUGCUCUUCUGUUUUUGCCAAGUUUUCAUACUGUGACUGUGAACACUGUUUACCUGUAAAUUCGCUCUGAAUAGAAACAACCAAACGUUUACAACCUGUUUACAUGAGUUUAAUAGUUUGAUUACCUUUCCUGAGGACCCAUAUGGAACUCUGAAGUUUUCUUUUCAUCUGUUUUUACAGUUUAAAGUUGAAUGAGAACAAAUCAGAUAACACAGCCUUGUCAUGCAUGCACAGUCACUACACCAUAUUCUGCUGAAUACCUGAUUGGUGUUCUGCUUCAGAGACACUAUACACUUGAAAAAAAAAAACAAUGCUGGUGGGCUGUUAGUUAACUAAACAUGGUUUGAUCCACACUAGUGUCUGUUUACUACGUGCCAAGGAACACAAGUGUUCAGCGAGCCAUAUGUUCAACUGGCUCUUCUUACAGUAGGUAUUCAGGGUUGUUUGCUGACCGAUGUGGCAGUUGUAGAUCUCCCUAUUAUUGCACUUUUGUCAAAACUAGCUGCACUGUGGGUUCUCAGAUCAAAAGGAUAGGUCUGCUAGAAUUUACAAGAGAUAGUAUGGUAAAAGAGUGAAUGGUUUUAUCUAAUAUGAGUGCAUAAAAGGGUAUAUUUUACAGUGGCCACAGCUGUAGCAACAACUGAACUCUUGCACCAUGUUUAAAAGUAAGAUUGUAAAAAAUGUAAAAGUAAAAGGGGAGCAUGUAUUUAUUGUAUACAAAGUAAACUAGGAUUGUGAUCUUUUUUCUUGUAUGUACUGUGAAAUAACAUGAUUGAUCAAAUGUAUGUAAAGUAUAGUUAUAAUUAAUCUAAUGUGACAUAUGUUGAAUAUAAUUGUAACAUUAUUUUGUAUAUAAAAUAUUUAUGAAUCAAA